AUGGCGUCCAACGGCACUUCCACCUUCGCCAUCCACGCCACGUCCACCGACGAGGCCAUCCAUGCCGAGCACAACUAUGCCGCUCACAAUUACCACCCGCUGCCUGUCGUCUUUGCCCGUGCCCAGGGCACCUCCGUCUGGGACCCCGAGGGCCGCCACUACUUGGACUUCCUCUCCGCCUACUCCGCAGUCAACCAGGGCCACUGCCACCCCAAGCUAGUCGCGGCCCUGACCGAACAGGCCUCGCGCGUCACCUUGAGCUCGCGCGCGUUCUACAAUGACGUCUUCCCACGCUUCGCCGAGUUUAUCACCAAGUUCUUCGGCUUCGACAUGGUCAUGCCCAUGAACACGGGCGCCGAGGCAGUCGAGACCGCCAUCAAGAUCGCCCGCAAGUGGGGGUACAAGGUCAAGGGCAUCCCGGAGAACAAGGCCGUCGUGCUGAGUGCCGAGAACAACUUCCACGGUCGCACGUUCGCUGCCAUCUCCCUGUCCUCCGAUCCGGAGUCGCGUGAGAACUACGGUCCCUACCUGCCCGGCAUCGGGUGCAACAUUCCGGGCACUGACAAGCCCAUCACCUACAAUGACAAGGCCGCGCUGCGCGAAGCCUUUGAGAAGGCCGGAUCGAACCUGGCCGCUUUCUUGGUCGAGCCCAUCCAAGGCGAGGCGGGAAUUGUCGUGCCGGACGAGGACUACUUGCGUGAGGCCCGCGCCCUGUGCGACAAGUACAAUGCACUCCUGAUCUGCGACGAGAUCCAGACCGGCAUUGCCCGCACGGGCAAGCUGCUGUGCCACGAGUGGAGCGGAAUCAAGCCCGAUUUAGUUCUGCUGGGCAAGGCCAUCUCCGGCGGCAUGUACCCUGUCUCGUGUGUACUGGGCCGCAAGGACGUCAUGCUCACGGUCGAGCCGGGCACCCACGGUUCGACCUACGGCGGCAACCCGCUGGGCUGCGCCGUCGCCAUCCGCGCCCUCGAGAUCGUUCGCGAGGAGCAGAUGGUCGAGCGCGCGGAGCAGCUCGGCCACAUCUUCCGGAAGGGUCUGGAGGACCUAAAGAGCCCCCUGAUCCAGACCGUGCGCGGCAAGGGCCUGCUCAACGCCAUCGUCAUUGACGAAUCCAAGACCAACGGCCACUCCGCCUGGGAUCUGUGCAUGCUGAUGAAGGAGAAGGGUCUGCUCGCCAAGCCCACCCACCAGAACAUCAUCCGUCUGGCGCCUCCAUUGGUGAUCACCGAGGAAGAGAUCCAGCAGGCGCUGCAGAUCAUCCACCAGGCUGUGACCGAGCUGCCCAACCUCACGGGGGCUGCCGAGGAUAGGGUCAUCCCUCCACCGGAGAAGAAGGUCAAGAUCGGAUUGGAGAACUAG